AUGGAAAAUGAUUUCAAUUACUUUAUCGAUCAACUAUCCCUUAUUGAUGGAUUCUUUUGCGAAAGAAACUGUGGCUAUAGAACCUACACAACUAAUUUUGGUGGUGACAAUUCUCAGGACAUAGUUAUGGCCACUGUUGGUUCAGAAUCUUUAAAGAAACCAAUUAAUGAAAAUGAAAAGUUUUGUAAUGAUGAUCAAUACGAACUUGGUCUUAACUUUGACAUCUUUACAUAUCUAAAUAAGGCGUUGGAAUCCGCUAUAUCGCCUAUAGUGAUUUUCGCUACAAACUGUGGAAUGUGUCAAGUCAGAGGAACAAAUGAUAUUAUUGCACCUCAUGGCAUCCCAAUUGAUUUGAUUGAUCGAAUUUUGAUCAUUUGA